CUCGUUCUUAUCUAGGACCAUCUGAAAGGCAAAGGGGGUUCCGUGUUUUGCAUUCCAUAAGCGAGCUGUCAGCGGCGGCACCGCCAGGCACCCCACGCUCCUCAGCGAGGUGUGUGCGCUUAGAUGGGGGCGUCCUGACGUCUGUUAACACUUUAAAGAAACAAUCCAAAUUUCCAGCGGCCCCAAGUCACAUGCCGCCUCAGGGCGAGAUUGCCUCGGAAAAGGGGCUGCUCGCUCGCUCGCUCACGCUCACCCUCCACAAUCUGGAGGCCAUUUUGACGCGCAGGUGUCAAAGUUGACAGGCCAAAGCGCGGAUGACGCAGCAAAUUCUUUGGACUGCUCCCGACUCAUGGAUCAUUAAGCAGACAGGUUAGUCAGGUCGCGGGUGCCAAGCGAGAGAGAAGAUUCCGUUUUCUCGGCGUGGCCAUAAGGAGCCCGAGCGGACUUUGCUACCUAUUGGAGCAGGAUUUUCCCGGCAUGCGCAUCGGGCCCGAGCCCACCACCGAUUCCUUUAUCGCCGUGAUGCACGGCGACACGGAGGGCAUGAUCCCUGGCAACGCCCUGGUGGUGGACCCCAAGAAACCCUUCCGGAAGCUCAACGCUUUUGGGAACGCCUUCCUCAACAGGUUUGUGUGCGCCCAGCUGACCAACCCGGUGUUGGAGAGCAUCAGUGUGAUCGACACGCCGGGGAUCCUGUCGGGGGAGAAACAGAGAAUCAGUCGAGGCUACGACUUUGCGGCCGUCCUGGAGUGGUUUGCCGAGCGCGUGGACCGGAUCAUCCUGCUCUUCGACGCUCACAAACUGGACAUUUCCGACGAGUUUUCCGAGGUGAUAAAGGCGCUGAAGAACCACGAGGACAAGAUCAGGGUGGUGCUGAACAAGGCCGACCAGAUCGAGACUCAGCAGCUGAUGCGAGUGUACGGCGCGCUCAUGUGGUCACUGGGGAAAAUCGUCAACACGCCGGAGGUGAUCCGCGUGUACAUCGGCUCCUUUUGGUCGCACCCGCUGCUGAUAGCCGACAACAGGAAGCUGUUUGAGGCCGAGGAGCAGGACCUGUUCAAGGACAUCCAGUCGCUGCCGCGGAACGCCGCGCUCCGGAAGCUCAACGAUCUCAUCAAGCGGGCCAGGCUAGCAAAGGUUCACGCCUACAUCAUCAGCUCCCUGAAGAAGGAGAUGCCGGCGGUGUUUGGCAGGGAGAACAAGAAGAAGGAGCUUAUCGCCAGCCUGGGCGACAUCUACAAGCGCAUCGAGCGGGAACAUCAGAUAUCGCCUGGAGAUUUUCCAAAUCUGAAGCGGAUGCAGGACCAGCUGCAAGGUCAGGACCUGACCAAGUUCCAGCCCCUCAAGUCCAAGCUGCUGGAGGCGGCGGACGACAUGCUGGCCCACGACAUCGCCGGGCUGAUGGUGCUGGUGCGCCAGGAGGAGACGCGGCGGCCGGCGGCGGCCGUCAAGGGCGGCGCCUUCGACGGCACCCUCCACGGGCCCUUCAACCACGGCUACGGGGAGGGCGCCGGCGAGGGCAUCGACGAGGCCGACUGGGUGGUGGCGCGCGACAAGCCGGCCUACGACGAGAUUUUCUACACGCUGUCGCCCGUCGACGGCAAGGUGACGGGCGCCAACGCCAAGCGGGAGAUGCUCAAGUCCAAGCUGCCCAACUCGGUGCUGGGCAAGAUCUGGAAGCUGGCCGACAUCGACAAGGACGGCAUGCUGGACGACGACGAGUUUGCGCUGGCCAACCACCUCAUCAAAGUCAAGCUGGAGGGACACGAGCUGCCCGCCGACCUGCCGGCGCAUCUCCUGCCUCCUUCCAAGAGGAAACCCAUUGCAGAGUGCUAAAGCGAAGCGAAGCUAGCUGCGAAGCUAGCUACGCCCCGCUAGCAUUCAAAACAUCGUUGAAAUUGUCCCGUGUCUCAUUUCAUAAAAAGCUAUGGAAGUUGUACAUGGUGAAAUAAAAGUGCGAGCGACCAUCCUAUUCAUGUACAGUCCAGCGUGUCAAUGAACACGUUACCCGUCUAAUUUUAUUUUGAUUAAAAACACAAAAAAGAUCAA